AUGCGUGCAAUCAAUGUGCUGUGUAUUUUGCUCAGUGCAGUCGUUCUGGUUGUUGCAAGUGAAGGCAUAGAAACUGCGAAUAAAGACAAGGGCACCAUGCACUUACCCAAUGAGGAGCGAUACAUGUAUGGUCGAGCUAACGGUAUUGACACGUCCUACACGGAAACAUGGUCGAAUUUCAAAACAUGGUUCAAGAGAAAGUUCUUCUUUUGGAGGAAAUAUGAUACACCUCAGCGGUCGAGUAAGCUGAGUCAGUCUCCCCACCACUUCCAGCACAAAGAAGAUAUUGUGAACAAGAUCAAUGCGAACAAUUGA